AUGUUGGUGCGUCAAGUGUGUCUCGCCUUGGCGAUCGCUGCCCUUUCGGGUGCUGUUCCUGCGCCGAUGAAGCAUGUCUUGCAUGAGAAGCGUGGCCAGCAUGCCGACUGGGUGAAGGGCGAGCGCAUUAAGCGCGACUCUGUCUUGCCUGUGCGAAUUGGUCUGACUCAGAACAAUUUGGAUAAGGGUGAUGCUUUGCUUAUGGAGGUCUCCGACCCAACCUCUGCCAAGUAUGGAAAGUACUGGACUGCAGAGGAGGUGCAUGAUAUGUUUGCUCCCUCCAAGGAAGCUGUCGAGUCUGUCCGUAAGUGGCUCGAGGGCUCGGGUAUUCACGAGUCCCGGGUUGUACACUCGGACAAUAAGGGAUGGUUGGCUUUCGAUGCCCAUGCUCAUGAAGUGGAGAAGCUGUUCAUGGCGGAAUUCUAUGAGCAUGAGCACGCGGCUACUAGCAGUAUCAAGAUUGGCUGUGAUGAAUACCAUGUCCCAGACCACAUCCAAAAACACAUUGACUACAUUACCCCUGGAGUCAAGCUCAGCCCAAUUGUCAAGAAGAGCUCCAAGGUGAAGCGGAUGUCCCACUUGGCGCACUCAAAGGGCAGCAUGGAAGUCAGCGACGCUGAAAGAGCGGCAUCAAUCCCUGCCAAGGCAGCUGCUCUUCCAAAGAACCUCCAGACUUGCGGAUCUGAGAUGACCCCUGACUGUAUCAGGGCUCUGUACCAUAUUCCAGUGGCCAAGAAGGCAGCUAAGGGCAACUCGCUUGGUCUGUACGAGCAAGGUGACUACUUUGCCAAGUCUGACCUCGACCUGUUCUACAAGGAGUACUCUCCAAAUGUGCCUCAGGGUACCUAUCCAAUCCCUGCUCUGAUUGAUGGUGCGAACUACUCUGUGCCUGCAUCUAGCUCACUGAAUGGUGGCGAGUCUGAUAUUGAUAUCGACAUGGCUUAUGCUCUCAUCUACCCUCAGACCGUCACACUGUACCAGGUUGAUGACCAGCUCUACGAGCCAGAGGAGGUUGCAACCACCAACCUGUUCAACACCUUCCUCGAUGCCCUCGACGGCUCAUACUGCACAUAUAGCGCCUACGGCGAGACAGGCAACAACCCCGACAUCGACCCAAUCUACCCCAACCCCCGCCCCGGUGGUUAUAAAGGCCAACUCCAAUGUGGCGUCUACAAGCCCACAAACGUAAUCAGCGCCUCCUACGGCCAAGCAGAAGCCGACCUCCCAAUGGCCUACACAAAGCGCCAGUGCAACGAGUUCCUGAAGCUCGGUCUCCAAGGCCACUCGAUCCUCUUCGCAUCCGGCGACUACGGUGUGGCCUCGUUCCCAGGCGAUGGCUCCACCAACGGUUGUCUAGGCCCCGAGUCGAAGAUCUUCAACCCGCAAUACCCGUCCAACUGCCCAUACGUCACGUCUGUCGGUGGCACCAUGCUCUACGCCGAUCAAACCUACAAGGAUGAUGAGAGCGUCAUGCACGCCAACCUGGGCGGCACAGCCGCAAACUUCAGUAGCUCGGGUGGUUUCUCCAACUACUUCCCUCAGCCUGACUACCAGAAGGCUACUAUCGCGAAGUACUUUGAGAAGGCCAAGCUUGAGUAUCCCUAUUACUCGGAGAUGAAUGUUGAUCUGAACACGACCACAGGUCUUUACAACCGCAUUGGUCGUGCCUAUCCGGACGUUGCGGCCAAUGGUGCUCUGUUCCCUGCUUAUGCUGGUGGCACAAAGCAUCACUUCUAUGGUGCCAGUUUGUCUUCGCCGUUGUUCGCUUCUGUGCUGAGCUUGAUCAAUGAGGAGCGUAUCCACAAGGGCAAGGGUCCUGUUGGUUUCAUCAACCCUGUGCUUUACGCUCAUCCUCAUGUUCUCAAUGAUAUCACUAACGGUACCAAUGUUGGUUGUGGCUCAGAUGGCUUCAGUGCUAUCAAAGGAUGGGAUCCAGCUACUGGACUGGGUACACCUAAAUUCCCCGAAAUGAAGAAGCUGUUCCUUUCUCUGCCUUGA